GUUUAUUGUCGUCAAGGUGAAUAAGGGAGCAGGCUGAAGAAACAAGUAAUGGUUUUUGUGGCGAGUGAAAAGUACACCCUUCGCUUUAAUGAGACGGACUGGACAAGGAGCGGCUGGUAACUCAAAGAAGUAAAGAAGCAGUACGUCACACAUCUCUCCAGCUCGCAGCUCUUCGAUUUCCUGUCGGGGUCCCGCCCAUCAGUCCUCCCGUGUCCUUGAGGUCGUCCUCUGCCCGGGCCACCCCAGCACAGGUGGUGAAAUCAGCUCUUGGCUGGCAAACGUGUCAAAAGAGAAGAAACGGCCCAGCAAAAAUAAACGCCCACCUCACGAUUGCUCAUGGCUGCUGAAAAGUGGAAAAAAAAAUCUCCCAUCGCUAAAGAGUUAAAAGGCCAAUUUACAGAGUCCAGUACUGCAGUGAUACAUCCGCUGGACCUGAUGAAGAUCUGACAGCCAGAGUGAUGGUGGGGGGGCCGCAAAGCAUGAUGGGAUUGACGCUGACCAGGAGUGGAACAGACAUCACAGAUGAAACAGCCUUGCAACAUGGUAAUUUUUGCAGGAAAAUUCUACCAGACAUCUUCCCCAUAAAAGCAGAACUGGAAUAUAGGAUGAGCUUGGAGGUGGGCGGGACCCUGCCAGCCAAUCACUGAAGAGCUGUCCGGCACGCCACAUGCUCAGCGGCCUCCCUGAUUGGACGAAUAGUUAAUCCCAGCGGGCUUCACUUUGCUACUAACACUCAAGUGGGACGGAGGACGAGUCACUAUCUGCCCAGGGCGAGGGCAAGACGCGCUGCGAGCAGCCGACAAGAAGACAUUCAUGAAGCCAUAGGUACGUCUGCCAUUACCCCGCACAGCGCAUUUAUAGUAAUAUUUGGGCACACUGUGCAUACAUUUGCAUUUUUAUGUGCACGGAAGUUAAUAAAUUGGGCGACGGGCUUUUCUGAAAGAAAUAAUACUGGCAAAGCAGGGAAAGUGAGCCCCCGCGGAAUAAGGCAAGGCAGUCUUUAUAAGAAGGGACAGAGGCAUUUGUAUAAACGAUCAUUAGAAAAUGAACGUUGGGGAAGAGAACCUGCUGAAGUCGAUCAGCAACGACACCCUGCUGGACCUCACUCAGCGCUACGGCCAGUCCACUUUCGGCUUCGGAGCUGGCCAUGGUGCUGGAAGUCCCGGGCGCUACCCGCUCACGCCGGCCGCCGAUUUCCUCUCCGGCCAGGCAGCCAAGUCGGCGGAGAGCGGCGGCGAGCAUACCAGCGACGACGAGGACGGCUACGACGCGCUGGAUCCCAGGAAGAGGAGUACGGGUUUCGACGACGACAAGCACCCGGGAUCCCUGUCCAAGAAGCCCAAGGAGCAGAGGUCGCUGCGGCUGAGCAUCAACGCGCGGGAACGCAGGCGAAUGCACGACCUGAACGACGCCCUGGACGGUCUCCGGUCCGUGAUCCCUUACGCGCACAGCCCCUCCGUGAGAAAACUCUCCAAAAUCGCCACUUUGCUGCUGGCCAAGAAUUACAUACUCAUGCAAGCGCAAGCCCUGGAGGAGAUGCGGCGGCUUGUAGCCUAUUUAAACCAGGGACAGGCCAUCACGUCGCCCAUCCCAACGGCCCUGGCUCCCUUCGGACAGGCGGCCGUGUACCCAUUCACGGGAACGGCUCUGGCCACCUGCGCCGAGAAGUGCACCUCGUACUCCGGCACAUCGUCCUCCAUCUUCAAACACUGCAGCGACAAGCCUUGAUUAAGUUUCCUUCCUCGCUUUCAUCCGUCCACAUGUCAGACUCUCGAUUUAUUUAAACAUUUGAUUGAAAAUGAGUUUCGUCCGAUCCGUAAUCAUACACUAUGAUCAAAUAAAUUCUGCCAUCCACAUAUAAUAGAUCGCAACCCAAGACUUCUUUACUAACGGUUUGACUCGUGUUGGGAUGGAGCGUUCAAAUCGCUGUUAACCUUAAAGUUGUACUUUCUCUUUAUUUUAUUAUAUAUUCUUUUCGUUUACACAGUUAUUUGUAAUUCCGUGUAACAAAACCGUUUAUGUCAUAAUGUAGUGGGGAACUACAUGCUCAGUUGUCCUUUACUGAAUGAGCGACUGGUUGGACGUGCUGGAUUUGAAAGUUUUCGGAGGUUUUUCAGUUAAAUUUCCUACAUGUAAACUAUGCAACAUUCAAAUGUGAUACAAAUCAGUGAGGCGUACAUGUUGUCAUUAACGUUGAACAGCCAUUGCUAAUGAGGCGUGAUAGUCGGUUUUGCUAAUUAUGAAUGAUGUAUUUCUCAUGACUACAGUUUAGACGAUGUGGGGGGGGGGAGGGAAAUGUAAUAUAUUUUUAAAAAGAUGUGUACAGGAUGUUCACUUUGUUAUUACACACUUGAUUGUAUUGUACAACUGUGGGAAACUUGAUCAAAGUAUCGAUAUCAAGGCAUUAAUUACAAAACACUACAUUGAUAAAACAUUUGAUUGUGUUGAGACAUUGAAUUUCAUAUAUUGUUUAUAUGUCUUUAUAAUUAAAACAUAUAUAUAUUC